GUGACCUUUGAGGAUGUGGUCGUGAACUUCAGCAAUGAGGAAUGGACUUUGCUGAGUCCAUCCCAAAAGAACCUCUACAGAGAUGUGAUGGGUGAAACGUUUAGGAACAUGACUGCAAUAGGAGGACUUGGGGAUAUCCAGGAAGCUGAAAAAGAAUGCAAAAUUUACUGGAAAUACUUAAGAAAUGACAAGCUAGGGAAAUCCUAUGGACAUACAUCUUGGAAUCAGUGUAAAGAAGUAUUCCUUUGUACUGCUGAAGGUAAUUUGAAUGUGAAAGAAACAGAAACACACCACAAUGUUCAGAUCCAUGAAAAGUAUUGCAAUGGAGAGAAACCCUAUGUAUGUCAGCAAUGUGGAAAAGGGUUCACCAAAUCUGGACUUUAUAAGCAACAUGAAAGAAUUCACACUGGAGAGAAACCAUAUGUAUGUAAGCAAUGUGGGAAAGCUUUUAACACAUGGGGAGAUUUUAAGAAACAUGAAAGAAUUCACACUGGAGAGAAACCCUAUGUAUGUAAGGAAUGUGGGAAAGGUUUUACACGACAUCAAAAUUGUAAGCAACAUGAAAGAAUUCACACUGGGGAGAAACCAUAUAUAUGUAAGCAAUGUGGGAAAGAUUUACCCAACAAGAACAUUGUAAGCAACAUGAAAGUUCACACUCAAGAUAGAACCAGUGUAUAUAAGCAUCAUGAGAAUUUUUUGAGCACAAGUCCAUAUUGCAUAAUGCAUGAAAAACUUCACACUGGGCAGAAAACUUAUAUAUGUGAGGAAUGUGGGAAAGGUUUCAGCAGAAAUGCUCAUUGUCCAAUACAUUAUAAAAUUUACACUGUUGAGAAGCCUGUGUAUGUGAAGAAUGUGGGAAAGCUUUCACCACACAUGGAUUUUGUAAAAUACAUCAAUGACUCCACUCUGGUGAGAAACCCUAUGUAUAUAACAAUGGCCCGUACUACCACCGCUGGGGACUGUAAGGAGCACAUCCAGCUGAGCAGAGGCCAGCCCUGCUGCCACCUCUCCUGCCCAGGGCCCAACUACCACCGCUGUGGACCGGAAGGUGCAUAUCCAGCUGAGGGGAGGCCAGCCCUGCUGCUGCCACUCCUGCCCAGGGCCCAUACUACCACCUCUGGGGACCGGAAGGUUCACAUCCAGCUGAGUGGAGAGAUACAAGCCGCGCCGCCAAGCCGGAGAGCGCCAGACCGGGUAGAGCUGCGCUGCGCUCGUCCUUCUGCAGCCCUGCGCUCCCGGCAGGGGGCCGAGAGCCUGGGCCCUGGGGACCCCGGGAGCCCUCUCCAGCUGCGCGCCUAG